CGCAGCGAUUCAAGAAGACUUGUGCGAAUAUGAACUUGCCCCUGGAUAGAUGGCAUCUAUUCAUAGUAACGCCUUUUCCACUUUUAUAUUUCGCUGCUCGUGGUGCUUGAGUAUUUGGUUAUACAGAUCCCAAUCACCAGACUAGACUGCAAAACAGUCGAUCCAUACUUUUGCGUAUUCAAGUACGCGCGAACAGUCAAACAGAAGGCAGAGUGCCCUACGGGCGUGAGGCUCGCGUGUGUGAGAUUCUAACGCUAUUCUUACUCUUACGCUGCGCUAAAUCGAUUUUGAGAAGAGGAAAAAAAACAGCAAGAACAACAACAACAACCACUGUUUUGAAGCCUAUCGCUUGACCUUCGACUUAAAGAAGAAGUGACCCGAUUCUGGACUCCGGAUUCUGGAUUCCGGAUUUCAGCUAGGGACCACGCCACUCGCUUAGCUACAAAGUAGAAAAGAAUCUGGGGCGAGAUUUCAACCUCUGGACGUGACUCGCUUUUACUCGCUUUAUGCUUAGUUAGCAUAAAGUUAGCACUCUUUCUCUGUUUUCGUCAUUUUUUAAAGUGAAAGCAAAUUACUUGUAAGUUUCAAUACAGUGACAGUAUAAUAGUCGUACCCUUUUUAACUCAUUUAAUUAUGCUCGUCUUUGUUUUUCUUUUUCUUCAAGGGUCAACACAAUCUGACCUUCAUACAAAGGACACGCAGAAAUUAUGCCAGGGUACAAUUUAGCCACCUCAGACAAGGAAAGCAUCGAUCCUAAGUAUCUGUGUAACUCCUGUGGUUUGCUCUUGCGAGAAGCAAUGCAAACGGCUUGUGGACAUUUCUACUGCAGAUCAUGCCUUGGAAAUCUAUUCAUGUAAGCUACACUUAAGUUUUAUGUCAUUACAUGUAUCUAACAACUUAUCCCUUCCAUAUGUAAUUUGGUUUGGUGUUUUCGUCGUUGAUAAAAAUUUCUCAGGUUCCAGAAGGCAAAAUGCUUUCAAUACUGCACUCCCUACUGCACUAUGAAUGUUAUUCGUUGUCACUAUUUGUAUGCAGAAGAUUAGUGGCAUAAAGAUAAAUUAUUAGAAAGCAGAAUCAGUUCAUGGACUAAAAGUUUAGAUACUGGAUAUAAUAAAUCAUGUGCUCCUAAAAACAGGUGGCCCGGCAAGCUCAUUACAUGAAUGCGGACGCGACUCUUGCUUGUGAGUGGUGUUGUGUUACAAACAGUUAUUUACAAAGGCUUGUAUGGGAUGUAAAUGGUUUUUCUUAAAGGAGAGAAAAAAAGUUAUGUUUUAAAAUAAAAUCGGCGUACCUUAUUGCCUUGUUGUAUUCUUUGUUGUUUGCCCGCGCCUCAGGCCAUUUUGAAGCGUUUUCGACGAGUUUGUGAAUAGUGCUAACUUGCAUUACAAGCCUUUGUAAAAUAACCAUUUAUAACACAACACUGCUCGCAAGCAAGAGUCACGUCUGUGUUCAUGUAAAGAGCUUGGGCCACCUGUGGCCAGAAUUACAACAGGGUGUGUCAAUAUGCAGAUCUGGGUAUUACUGAUCUCCGCACAGCCCUAUUAACUUUAUGACAUACAGCAAUUUCAUACCUUUGAGACAAAUAGUUAUAAAAUAUCAGAAGAGGCUAACCAUGUACCUGCAGUAAAUGUAAGGGCUUUUGGUAAAUCUUAUCCAGGUGUGUGCCAUGCAGGAUCAGAGUAAAUCAAAUUCAGAAUGCAGUCUUGUACUGUAGGUCCGAUUUAUGCUGAGCAUGAUAAGCAGUGGCAUGAAAUACUCAGAGGACUAUUCCCCAUCCCCGUACUAUAAGUUGUCUCAAAAUCAGGGUUAGCUUACAAAGAGCAUUUUAUAGUAUUGUUAACAGUGUUGGAAAAUAAGAGAAGCUGUGUCAAGAUUUUUUGUCAAGAGGUUUGCCAAAAGUUCUUUACUCUUCUAAACUUAUUAAACAUGAUUCAACAAGUUUUAUAGGCGGUAGAUAUAUAUGUCAGACAAAAUGUUGGGAUGAUCAAGAUUCAGAAAAUUCCUUGAAUAUUCUUACAGCUUGAAAUUUCAAAAUGUUCUUAAUGCAAUGACAUGGGAAUUUCUAAAAAGAACGACUGUGUUACAAUCAACUCUCUCAAAGUGACCACUUCUCAUAUUAGUGACCACCUCCUGUAAGCGACCACUUUGUAAGUGACCCUUUUGUUUGUUAUUCAAGUACUGUUUCAAAAUCUCUCUUUUAAGUAACCAUUACUUUAAAUUUCUUAAACUAGGGUACCUAAAAGAUAGUAAUGCUGCGGCACAUUCUGUUGAUACUGGCAUUAGUUAGGCAGUGAGACUUAAAAGAAUCGAAAGUGAAUGUCCUAUUUACAUGUUGGAAAGUAAUAAUUACCAUCAGUCUAUAGAAAGAACUUGUGGGAACGUUGUUUAGAAAAUGAUCAUUACGACAAGUGGUCAUCAACUCUGGUUUUCCCACAGUAAAUUGUAGGAAAUGAUAGAAAUUCAGAUUGUUCAUCCAUAUAUUUAAUGUACGGUGUACUAUCUUUUCACUGGAAACACGAUACUUUUCUGGCUGUUUAUUGCACUUUAUUGAAUGACAGUUAUUUAGGUAUAUAUUUAUAGAAAACAACAACACAACACAAAAAAACAGAAAAAAAAAAAGAAAGAAGGAAAACAAGAGUUGUGUAGGACUCGAAUCCAGCACCUUUGGCUUGACGUGACUACACCUAACCACUACACCACUGAGGCUGAUUAUGUAACCUUAGGGAAAAGUCUUUGAUUUAAUGCCUUUUGAAUGAACCUUCCGCCGGCAAGAUGAUCAAGCUGCAUUAACUGGGCUAUUAACAGUAAAUAAAAAAAAAAAAUGCAAACGCAUAUUCCAUGGCAAUGAAUUAAUUAAUGAACGAACAUAAUUAUGCUUCACAAACUUUACAAAACGACAAUACACGUCCUCGUAGUAGGACGCAAAACAUGUGUUUUGUUAUCUCAAUUUCUGCUGUUAUUUUGAAGCUAAUGGUCAAAAUCACAUCCAUUUUCGGCUCACACAGGUUCUUAAGAAUAGCAUAGCAUGACAUUUUCUCACUUUCACAUCACCUUCUAGCAAGCUGGAAUUUGUAUAUCCCCCAUGUUGCGGGGUUGAAGAGCAAAUGCUCAUCUUCUUGUCAAGUUUAACGCCUGGAUGAGUCAAAGGCUCUUGAUUUGAAAUCCAAUCCCCAAGUUAACCAUCAUACUCAUCUGAAAGACUCCAGCGUGUCUUAAAUUUGUUAAGACUGACCUCUAACCGUGCUGUAGAAAAUUUGCCACAAAGAAAACUCUGAGUCUGGGCAGCAAACGAUGCACACUCUUCAUCGUGUUUUCAGUUGAGUUGUCCCUGUCGCAAUGCAUUCUGGUAAAAAAGUAGCGCAGUGCACUCUGGUUAAAUGCAAUGCAUUCUGUAAAAAAUGUGUAGCACUAAUGUGUAGCACUAAUUUUACUACGCAGUAAACAGCGUAAAUGUUAGCCAUGAAAAGUUUACUCACCUGAACAGAAUGGCAUCUUCUGCGACUGUUUCGCAAGCUUUCAAAUUGCCAGAACUUUCAUCUUAAAGCUGAAAUGUUUCACCUUUCAUUUGAAAUACUUUGUUUACCGAGAACUUGUUUCAAGUGUCCGAAUACUGGUACUGUCUGGAUACUGGGCAACAUACUGUACGGCCCGGGGGGGGGGGGGGGGGNAAUACCCUGUUUCAGACCUGCCUUAUAAUUAUUUCCCUAGUUCAGACCAAUGUUAAAGGCAAUGUUUAUCUGCUUUUAUUAGGUAGGUUAUAAUACUGCAAAGUUAAGACUACAGUGCAAAAAUCGUUACCCUAUUUAUGAUCAAAAUGGCGGCAAAAUAGCCAAAAUCGAUACCCAAUUUAUGACCAAAACGGCUGAAAAACCCUACCCUUUGGGGCCGCACAUACCUAUAUAGCCCAAUUUAGGGAGUACCCCCCCGGGCUGUACGGGCUUUACUACAAAAAGGAGUUUUGUUGUACAAUGUACCACCCUGUCAUUGGCUAACUUAAGCACCUUAAUGAGAAAAUGGCAUCUAAUUCAAAUCCAACCUUUACGAAGAGAAAUUUUAAAGAGCUUUUACUUAUUUUCAGAGAAAAAGGAAUAAUCUAAACGGUCUUCAACUCAUAGGUCAUGUAUAUGACAGUAUGUGAGCUUGUGACUUGGGUUUGGUCUGUCAACACUUUAUUUUUUAUAAUGACUGUACUAUACGCUGUAUAUAUAAAUUAUAUUUGGCCAUUUAUUAUACAAUCACUUAGUGGCAAUUGGUUCUUAGGUAAUUGGCAUGUAAUCUCCAGCUGAUGUUUAUGAGAAAAGGGAAAGGAAAUUGCCUCUAUUGUAUUACAUGUAUGUAUUUAACUAUGCAAUAUAUCUUUCAGUAGUUCAUUUUUACAAUUUGAUUAUUAAGUUUAUCCUGUUGAUUUUGCAGAAAUGGAAGUUUCAAAAUGACUUGUUUACAGGAUAAUGUGGAAUUGAAUCAAAAUGAAGUAAGUGGGAAUAAUUCUUGUUUACACUUUCAAUUAAUUGUGUAUUUUACAUGUACAGAUAAAUUAUACACAACUUUCAUAAUGGCGGACUACUCAGGCAGAAUGGGAACUACUGACUUGGAAGUGAGGCUAUUUGGGCCUCGAUCACUAUGCAAAUAUGGCGGCCAGCAAAGGAAAAUAGACGCAAACAUGUUCCAUAUCUUUGAAGUAUGUACAUUGUAGCCUGUGCUUGGCUGAUCAUUUAAAUAAUAUAUAAUACUUCCCGAAAGUAGAGUGUUCUUGUUUAGCUGGGAUCGAAUUGACGAAAAUUUACUUGAAUCACAUUCCAAAAUGCCCUUAAGCUGCUGUGUUCCUGAUUACUCUAAGAAAGGUUACCGGGAUGAAGAUGGAUCUAAAGUUUCUUUUUAUCAGUUUCCUGAAGAAGUUAAGUGGAUGCAUGCUAUAAGAAGGGAUGAGGGAGAACAUUUCCAUAUCACAAAGGGGACUAGGUUUGUUUGAGGCACUUCAGGCAGUACCAGUACCGUGAGAUCCAAACCAGUUCUUUGUCUACUCCAUUUUUUUGGACCAUUACCUCGGUCCUUUAAUAGUCACAUUAUAUUUUACAACUCGUAUCUACUCGUGGCUCAGCUGCCUCAACAUCGUGACUUCGCGUGAUUGUUUUUGAAGACCACUGCUUUGUACAGUUCAGUAUUUUCUCUUUAGUAUCAUGAGGUAAUUGCCCCCGCAUGGGCGAAAUCCCGAAGAGGCACUCUAGUAACUCGCGCGUAUAUUAAGGGAAGUACUUACAGUUGAAAUAUACAGUCAUGCAGUCAAUAUGGAAAAAAUCUCGAUUUGCUCUAACAGGGGCCGCAAGGAAUUGGUAGGUAAUGAUGACGUUUCUAUUGUUUGCGCCUGCAAGUACGAAAUGGUUAGGAUGACGUAAAACACAAAAAGCUUACAAUAGGUAGAUUUUUUGACAUAAAUUGUGCAGUCAUACUUCGAUACUCUUUUGCGUUACGGGUUAUCAGUGACAUUCUGUGGAGCAGUUGUUAUGAAAGUUAUAGACCAAAAGACACUCGUUAAGUGCAGAUGAAGUUAUAAGGUGCAUAGAACAGUGUAUAUUUUAACACUAAGUGAGUUUGCCAGACACGAGUUCACAAAUCUUUGAUUGGAAACCUUCAGCUGAGCCUUGCCAGACUCUCUUUCUUCUCUCUUUGACCGAAAUAAGACUCGGCUCAAAACAAGCAAGACGAGUGAAUGAUUCAAUGGCUAGCUUAUCACUAGCAGAAUGAUGGACGAUUACAGAAAUUCUCCGACCAUCAAAUUCUGUGCUGACAUAUUUCCUGCUCACAGAUGUCCUUCCGCUAUAAAGUUUAAAAUAAGACUAGAAUGCACGAGCAUAAAUUGAUCAAACGUCCUUUUAAUUUCUAAGGCUUACUUUCUGGCAAAUGAAAUGAACUAAAUGUAAAGAGUGAAAUAGAAAUAACGAAAAAUUAAACUCCUAAUUAAAUCUUUUCUUAUGGUUUAGAAUAAACUAUUCUCGAAACUGAGAAUGUUUUGAUCAAAGCUGUGUAAAUGGAACCGAAACUGUGCAUGGAACCUUCCAUUUAUUUCCUGUAUUUAUCUCACCUAUUCUAUGGAAUAUGUGUGAACAUCUUCAUUUUGAAUCGGUAUAAUAAUUAUUUCAAAGAGCUACACAAGGAGCAAGAAUAAUAUAUACAGGGCGGGUGCAGCUGUAGUGUCAACUAUUACUAGUUAUUUUGUGUAUAUCUUAUAUAUUUGGAACUAAACUGCGUUUACACGAUAGUCUUGAAAAGUGACCAACAAAGGCAGGCGAUGAAUUUUCCAUAUAAAAAGCUUAUUUAUAACAACACUUUGACUGCUUUGAUUGUCUGAGUCAGAGCAGGGACCAGAAAUUCUCUAUGUCAUCUGUGUGCAUUGCUAUUUUUCUCAAAACGCUUGGUAAUACUUUACUUUAAUCAUCACACUGGUGUAAAUGUCAGACAACUUUGCAAUGUUUGGAUACUUUAAGCAUUGUUUAAACAAAAAAUAUUUUUAGUACAGCAGUUAAAUGUUUCUCACAAUGUAGCCUUUAAUAGUGGGAUUCCUGUUUGGUUCUCCUUUUUAAUAUUGUUAUUUUAUUGUCUUGUGUUUAUGUAUGAAGCUAGGGGAAAAUUUGACAAGUGAUCAGCAGUUAACUAAGGCUUUUUAUCGUGCACACUUUUGAUAAUCAUGAAUACACCAUUCUAUUAAAACUAAAAUGAGGGACAAAAGUGUUGAGACACUUUCAAAAAAUGGCCCCUUUUUGCAUAGUGGACAUUAACCUAUUCCCUUCCCCUCUGUACCCUACCUCCGCCCCCCCAAAAUCAAUGUUGAAGUUUGGACCCGCAAGUCUUUCUUUUACUUCAGACAACAUUGAUUCGGGGGUGAGGGGAUUUACAGCAUUUACCGGUAAAUAGUCUUAGAAUGGAAUAAUAAAUGUAUGAAAUUGUUUAUAAAAGUACCCAUUUUAGACAAGUGUGUCAACUACUUUUGUCCCUGAUUGUGGAUACUUGUAAUCUAAUAAUGCAUACUGUAAAGUAUGCUUAAGAGUCUGAUGCAACUCAUGCAAGAAUGAACUGUUCAACUCUCUGUCAUUCAUCAAUUUUGCCUGUGAACAUGCAAAGAACCUAACUGUAAAUAAACACAUUAUAAAUACCUGAGGUAAACAAUUAAUAUGAAUGCUUUGUUCUUUACUUUUCACUCAAAAUAUAUAAAUAAUGUUGUAAUAAUACACAAUACAGUGUAUCAAAUGAAAUACAUUAUUUUUCAGUUCAAUCUUCUUGUUGAAAAUCUGUUGCUGUAAACCUUAGAAAAAUGUUUGUAAUAAUAAUCUAGAAGCUCAGUUCUGAGGUUUUGCUGGAAGACAGGAUCAAAAGCAAUCCUCUCAUUAUGUAAAUACCCUUUCUGGUAUAAUCAAUAAAGUCACACCAUUUGGCCCCUGACACACCCAUUUGUCCUUGAACUUGGGCAUAAUAGGGAUGAUUUGGUUUAAGUCUACAUUCAGUGUCACUUAUUUUUUCCAUGAAGGAAUUGGGAUCAGAACAUGCUGCCAGUUGGGUGACAUGAAACUUUGUGUGUGGGCAUUUUACCUCUCCCAAACCAAAGCAAAUGGACCAUCCAUAAUCCACGGCAUCAGGUGUGGCACAUACACUUGGCCACAUGUUUGGGAUGCAUAAGUGACUGGGUGAAGCUCUCGUGAUUUCUUUGUUGUUUUAAAGUAAGAUGGAAAUUUGUCGCACGUGAAUCUAUAGAUGUGCUCCUUCUUCCAUUGUCCAGACAAAACCUAGAUUAUGGACAGGACCUGUUGUGGUAUUACAUUGUUUCUCGGAAUGGAAGUUCAAUCAGCAGUGGCCACAAAGUUCAAUUCUGGGGUUUUCCAAAUUUUUGUACAUUGUAGUUACAAGUCCCUCACUUGCAGUUACACUUUCACUCAUUUGGAAGUUUUUCCCAAGAAGUGCCUCCAUCCAUCCUCAGGAUAGGUGACAGUUUUGACCCUAUCACCGUCGAUAUGUGACUGAUCAGCGUAUGUGGAUAAGCCACUUUGUCACUUCUUUCUCUUUUUGUAGAGCCUGGUCAGUGUAAAAUGCAGACUGUGGUUUGGAGACUGCCGACCAGGGGUAAAAUCCAGACUGAGUGUAAAAUGCAGACUGCAGACUGAGAGUGAAACUCAGUCUGCGUGCAAAAUGCAGAAUGAGGACUGCAGACUUUUUAAACGUUUGCACUCCUUCUUCUCCAAAUAGCUAGCUGGUAUCAGUUACACACCUCACGUCCUAGUUGAAGUACAUUGCCCAUUCACAAGAAGAUUCAAUGAACAUCCGAACAGUCAAAGUCUGUGUACCUUGAUUUGCAAUACUUUCAUAGAAGGUCAACAAAUUUCCUGCAGAACAUCUUUGGUCAUCUUUCCUUGUUGCUGGAAUCAUUUACCCCUUUUUUAUCGCCAUUAUUCCUACUGUACAGUAUUUUUGGGUCAGCAGCUUUUAUUUAAGUGUUAACAUCGUAGUGUUGUACCAAUUCACAGUCAUGGAGAUAGAAUACUUUGUGUCUAAAGUUGAAGCGUGAGCCUCUCAUACAGAAAAAAAACCUUGCUCUUAAACCCUUCUGCAACUACAGUUUAUGCUUGGUAUACAUUUUUCCCCUAUUUACCCUGAACCACACAAAUCAACCUCAUCAUUUUCAAGAACUUUGUCUUUUUUGUUUUAAGGUUUUUCCAGAUAACUUCAUGCGUCGUGAGGUGCAAGCAUUUGUCGUCAACUGCACCUUCAUGGAAGACGGAUGCCAGUGGAAAGGGGAAGUCAGACACUUGGAGGUAAAAUAUGGUAAUUACAAAGAAGUACUGAAAACUGUGAGAAUAUAUUAACUAACAUAAAGUGGAAGCAUCAGUUGUACAUGUCCUAUACACAGAAAAAAAAAACAGAGAACAAAAUCAGUUGUUAGCUAGUUUAAUAUAUGUGGUCCUUCAACUAAUAAUCUCUUUAUACCAUUAUCAACAGGCCCACACCAACAGCUGUGAGUUUGUCAAACUCCCCUGUGUACAUCCUGAGUGUGGCAUGUUGGUGAAAAAAGCUGAUCUUCCUGAACACCUGGAAACUGAAUGCAAGUGUAGACCUGAAACUUGUGGAUUCUGUAAAAACCAAAUCAGCCUGAACAAGUUAAAGGUGUGACGCAUUGUGCUCUUUGUUGUACUGAAUAUAAAAUAUGCUAUCUCUGACGCAGAGUCAUUAUGAUUUUAAGUAUGCAAACAGGCACUUGUUCUGGGUUAACAGUGAUUUGUCACGGUUUUUUUCACAUUUUUGAAAAGGAGUUUCUAUGCAUAUGGACACUAAAGCUAAAUGUACAUUCAAACGGACACAACAUUGUUGGCCAACAACUCCCAACAUUGUUGGAUGUUACAUGUUGCAUGUUGUUGGGAGUUGUUGCAGAAAGUUUAAAACCGGUCAAACUUUUAAAGCUCUGUAAAACGGACGCAACGUUGUUGACCAGCAACUCCCAGCAAUGUUGGGAGUUCUUGCGUCUGUUUGCAGUGGUAGCCUAAUAUUCAUUAAUUUUGAAUGCAUGUACAGACAACCUUGCAAGAAAACUGGUGUCUUCGGUGUGGAUAAUUUUCAUUGACACUGAUUUUUAAAAAGGAUAAACUUUUAUUUCACUGGUUUAAACAAUCUUUGGUAGUAGAUUCUUUUUCCUUUCUUGGUUUUAAUUAAAUGUACAUUGUACAAUGUCAUAUAAUAUGUCAUUAUAACAUUUUUUUUCAUGGUGGUGAGAAAGAGAAACAAUACAGACAGCCGCUUACAGUGUAUUUAUUAUCUAUUUAUAAUUUCGUACAGCUGCACGAAGAGAAGGAAUGUCCAGCAUAUCCAGUUGUAUGUGAAAAAUGCAACAAAGAGGGAAUUCCACGUACAAAGGUACAGCUAUAGACGACUGUGAUGUGGUGUACUUUCUUUUUCAGACAAAUCGAAAUAAAUUGACAGCUAUUUGUUCCUAGUAACAGUGGGGCAGCACCUUAUUCUUGUUAUCUUAGACAGAGGAAGGAGAGACACCUAGAUGAAUAUCACUUGAUUUUCUGUGAAACUUACUUAGAAUUUUUUUUCCUCUUGAAUUUAGUUGUUAUUUUAAACUGUGAUGGCUGUCUUGCUUCUUACUAAUAGCGUUUGCACUUACUUUGUUUCCUUGAAUAAGCGAGUAGGCGCUAAUGCAAAAUGUCAACUGAAAGGAUAGGCACUUAUUGGAAGGGAGGCGCUUAUUAAGUUCUCCUGUUGGCAAUCAAGCGUACCUUAAUCCCGUUAUACAUUUUACACAAAGAUGUAUCAGUAUAAAUGUUGAAGUUGAAACUUAAAAGUGGCAAUAGAAACAAGUUUUCAUUGCAUCCUUACUAUUUGACAAUUUCAAUAUUUAAAUGAUGGAGGAGCCCUGGAAAGCGGGGUGCUACUGAUAUUUUGGCCUAGGGGGUGAGCCCUUAUCCUGGGGACUGAGAGUGCUUAUUUGACGAAAUAAGGUACAGGUAUUCUUCUUGUAAUAUACUGCAAUAUCUGGCAUUCUUCAGGAGUACUGAAUACAAAGGUUAAGUUCUGGAUACUUGCACUCUCAUUUCCCAACUGACUUUGCGGUUGACAAUGUGUCCUGGGAUAAUAGAGCGGUUUUCACUUGACUGUCGAAAGGGAUUGGUUUUGGUUUUGGUUUUGGUUUUACUACGCCCUUUGGUUGGCUAGUGUAUUUACUUUGGUUUUGGUUUUACGACAGUCAAGUGAAAACCGCUCUAAUUUAUCAGUAUUGUUUUUGAGAUUUAAAUAAAUUUAAUGCAGUAGGCACAGUGUGUGGAUGUCGUGGCCAGUUUAAGUUUAUCCCUCUACAUUAACUCCUUUCUAUUUAUCUUUCAGCUGUCGGAUCAUCAGGAUCCAGUUGUAGGAGACUGUGAUGCAGUACAGGGACCAUGUCCAUUUGCACAGAUUGGCUGCUCAAAGACCGAGGUAUACAAGAUUAGAGAUAGGUCCUUGAUCCCAAACCCUUCCUUCUGCCUUUUUCAGAUGAACAUUUAUCAAGGCAAACAGAGAAUUCUCUUCCGUUAAAGAAAGACAAAGAAUUGCUUUUUAGUAAAAUUACAAAAGGCAAUUGAGUCAAUAAUCAGUACUAAAGAGAUGUUCAAAAUUGUUGGGAUUGGGAUUUGGCGUAAAAAAUGUGUGGAGCCAUUCUUCCACUCGGCAUAUUAAUUUACGUCCAAGCUUCUGGUAAGCUCAGUCUCCAGCCGUGGGUGUCUCGAUGCGCCCGCGGUACUCCCACGGGUGGGAACUGAGCCUAAGCUUCUGGCUGUUGGUCGACAUACCCUGACCAUCAAGGCAGUCAUCUUCUUUUCUUGUCACUUAAAAUCGCCGGGGCGACUUCCACAGAAAAAUGACUGGUAUGCUCGUCGGAAAUUAAAAUUUAAAACCCCUUAGGGAGACCAAUGUGGAUGUGCGAGCUCGAGCUUUAAUUGACCCCUAAAAGAGACCAAACUAAAACAGACAUCACGGCAUUUUUUGUUGAUUUCUUUAUGCACAGCCCUAAACGAUACCUGAAUGUGUAAAUAUAGUGACUUUCCGUUCCAACACCCUAAGUGAGACCAAAAUCUGCAAUUUACGUCCAAAGCGAGACGACAAGCAUUCCCAUCACUUUUAUUUGGGAGACUCUCUCCCGGGUAGUGCCAACUGUAAUUAGAUUUCUUAAUUACAGUUGUUGAAACUGAAUAAUUUUGCUUAUAGUCUCAGUUUUCUUUGUAGGCUCUUAACUCAAGGCAAAAGAAAGAGCACCUUGAGAGAGACAAUGUUUACCACACAACAUUGCUUCUUCAUCAUGGCCUUAGGAUGGGUCGAGAAAUGGAAGCACUUUUGACUCGUGAUCCAAGAACCUUGUCGAGAAGUCCGCAUUUCUUCACAAACUAUGACGGUAUCAUCUCUGACAUGCUCGCUCAAAUUCAAACCAGUACAACGGAAACCAGGGAUUUUAGGGAAAAGCUUAGAGAGCAUAGCGAACGAAUCACCUCCCUGGAAAGAAAAGUGGCCUCAGGAAAUCUCACGGCAGCGGUCGCAUCUGCUCAAGUUUCUGGUGAUUCAAGUGCUGGUGUACCAAACAACGAGAUUACACGAAGGGUAAACAACCUUGAGAAUAAAACUGCUGACCACGAGGUGCUGUUGGUUGAAAGUAAUCGUUCGAUCGAGCAGGCAAAUCGGGAUAUGGGUAAUGUAAGACGACUGGUUGAGACCGUCCAGGAAACCGUCAGAAGGGUGGAAAGAAGGAUUGAGUCUAUUGAGCAUACUUUGGCUCUAAGGAACGUUACCUUGGCUGAUUUGGAGGAAUACAUAAGGCAACAGGAGUUUUCAAGCUACGAUGGCCAAUUGCUGUGGAAAAUAACUGAGUUUGCACGUAGAAGAAAUGAAGCAGUCAGCGGGCAGCAAGUCUCCUUCUACAGCCCUUGCUUCUACACCAGUCGCUAUGGAUACAAGAUGUGCGCCCGCAUUUAUUUAAACGGAGAUGGCAUGGGCCGAGGAACACACAUCUCUGUGUUCUUUGUGGUCAUGCGCGGUCAGUAUGAUGCAAUUCUCCGCUGGCCAUUCAGACAGAAGGUCACGUUCAUGCUGUUGGAUCAAGAUAAUGUUGAACAUGUGAUCGAUGCGUUCAGGCCUGAUCCUAACAGCUCCUCAUUCCAGAGACCGAGGAGGGAAACCAACAUUGCAAGUGGGUGUCCGAUGUUUUGCCCUCUGACCGAAUUAAAUAAUCACGCUUAUGUGCGAGAUGAUACCAUGUUCCUUAAGAUCAUAGUCGACACGACUGACCUGUAGGCAGGAUCGGGCUGUGUGUGCAGGAUCUAAUUAAGCCAGGCUUUAAGGCCGAAUUUCUCUUGCUUUUUAGCUUAAGGACAUUCGCGUUUGUACCCUUCCUUAAUUCGCACACAACUCUUGCUGCUAUGCCAAUUCAUGUCAUGUAUUGAGUGCCAGAGCAAAGGAAACAUCAACAAAUAAAGAAUUAUGACUUAAGUAAUACAGUUUAAAUGGUCGGCAAUCCUUUCUUUUUCAAACGAUAAUUUUCAGUUCUUAGAAAAUUUUCGCUUUCUUUCCACAUGUCUGCCCGCGGGACGUCGACUCCUCCCGAAUGAGCUGUGAACUCAUUCGGGGACGGGGGGAAGGGGUGGCCGGUCACUUAUGAAAUAGUUCUUUACUAGAGACAUGUCGAUUCCAGCAGGGCUGAAAAGUUGCAUUUCAGAGAUUUACUUGCAGUAUUUUUUUUAGAAUAACUCUAAAACAGAUUGGAAGAUUUUCGCGCGAACGUCCUUAAGCUAGAUCAAUGAUUAGUGAUGGGAUGGUUAAGCAAUAAAAUCUCCGUGAUUGGUAUAGAAACGUUUGUGACCAAGAACCAGGAUGUCGGAAAUUGAAUUUGCUGAUGAAAGCUCCUUAGUUUAUUUCACUCAUUUUUGAACAACGUAACACCCAGCUGCCUCUCUCAGUCAAGUACUAUGCAUCACGCUUUGUAAAACGGAUCAGAACCGCACUAAUCGAACCCACCAUUUCCUGGCCUCGAUUCUUUGUCCAGUGCUCUAAACGUGCUGUUUCUUAUUUCAUGAUCCUUUAGGG